CGACAGAGAUAGAAGAAAUCUUUUAGAGGGGGACUUUCCUGUUUCCGCCUGUCAGCCGUGGAGAUCAGAGACGCCUACCUGCCAUCGUCGUUGUGUUUAUGGUAGCUGAUUCUUUAUUGAAUUGAAUUUUGUGCUAAUAUUCCGUGAAACGCGUGCAAAGCCACGCCGAACAGCCGCUUAUUACAUGGUUUAAGCAGAAGUUAAUCCAGAAGCUAUAUAGUUAAAAACGUCAAAAUGGCUUGGCGUUUUAAAGCAUCUAAAUAUAAAAAUGCAGCUCCAAUUGUUCCUAAACCAGAGGCCUGCAUUAGAGACAUCUCAGUUGGCUCUUAUCAAACUUAUGGCAAUAAUAUUGCAGCAUCUGCUGCAUUUAUGGCAUUUAAUGUAGACCAUAAUGGAUCUAAUCUGGCUGUGUUACCACUAGAAGAUUGUGGUAGAAAAAGUAAAACUAUGCCUUUACUCCAUGCUCAUGCAGAUACAGUAACAGAUAUGGACUUCUCUCCGUUUCAUGAUGGUUUAUUGGCCACUGGUUCGCAAGAUUGUCUUGUCAAGUUAUGGCAUAUUCCAGAAGCUGGUCUAGAAGAACCCCUGUGUAAUCCUGAAUGUAUAUUUUCCCAUCGUCAAAGAAGAGUAGAAGUGGUGUGUUGGCACCCUUCAGCUGAACAUCUUCUAACAACAGUAUCGUAUACAAACCUAUCUUUAUGGGAUUCUUUAAGUUGGAAACAAGAUGGUGUGCUCCUAGCUACAUCUUGCAAAGACAAACAAGUGAGAAUUAUAGAUCCUCGUACUUCUACUUGCAUUGUCAAUUCUUGUUCCAGUCAUCAAAGUAUCAAGGAUUCUAGAUGCGUGUGGCUAAAUAAUAGUGAUAGAAUACUUACCACUGGAUUUGAUGCAGCAAGAUUAAGGCAGGUUUAUAUAAGAGAUCUGAGGCAUCUAAAUGAACCAGUGAAAAUGUUAGAACUGGAUUGUAGCACAGGAAUUCUAAUGCCUCUGUUUGAUCCUGAUACAAACAUGCUUUUCUUGGCUGGAAAAGGAGAUACUACUAUUAUGUACAUGGAAGUUAUGGAUAAGGAUCCAUUCCUGGUUGAAGGUAUUCGUCAUAGUGGAGAACAAACAAAAGGAGUAUGUUUGGUACCAAAACGAGCAUUAAACGUGAUGCAAGCUGAAGUUAAUAGAUUACUGCAACUUACUUCCAAUAUGGUGAUACCUAUUAUGUAUCAAGUUCCACGAAAAACAUACAGAGAUUUCCAUGCAGAUAUAUAUCCAGAUACAGUAGGGUAUGUUGCACAAAAUAAUGCAGCAGCCUGGAUCAAAGGACAUGACAUACCUGUUCCCAAAAUAUCCUUAGAUCCUGCCAAAAGAAAUAAAGGAGAGGAACCCAUUACUGUACAUAAGGGAAACUUAGCAACGCUCAAAGAAAAUGAACGAGAAAUAAAAGUGGAGCAGAAGCAAUUGACGAAGCCUGUGACCGUCACUACGCCGAAAGCUUACAGGAAGACACAAGAGGUGAUCGAAAAAGAGCUAAUGCUUGAGAACGACAUUGAGAAGUUAGAAGAUACGAAGAAAAUCGAAGCUGAAGAUGACAAAAAUAAAGUGCAGAACGGAGGACAAGUGAUUCCACCAAAGCCUCUCCCAAGGUCGUCGAGAACUAAUAGCAUUUCCGAGGAUGAACCGAAGCCAGUCGCACGUCCUCGUACAUCGCCGAGCGUGGGUUCAGUAGUUACGUCCGUGAACCCUAAUGCGAUUGGGGGAUACAAGGUUCCCCGACUUGGACCGAAGCCGUUUCAAGCAAAGUCUGGCAGUCAAGAAUUUUCUUUUGACAAGAUCUUUUCAGUGCCUGUUGCCCCAAAUAGCGAUACCAAUGGUUAUCAAAAUGAUUUGAACAAUCAGAUAGAGAACAAUAUAGAACCAGAGAAAUCGCCGUCAUUUAAUAAUGAAAGAAGCAUGAAAGAAGCAGAAAAUGGAAAGAGCGAUUCUAGUUCCUUGGAAGAAGAUGCAAACUCGAGUGAUUCUGGCUAUAAACCGAAAACACCAAGUACUGCGGAAAGGCGCAAAGUGUUCGAAAUAAAAGUUAAGGAUGAAUCGCCUGAAAGCGAGGAUCUUGGAAACUUUGAACGGGGCAAUGCGAAUAGAAACUCUAUAGCCGAAAGAAGGAGACUUUAUGAAAGUCGUUCAGUAUCUGUAACCGAUGGAAACUUAGCUGAGAAAGCGAUGGGAUCGCCAACGAUGUUGAGACGCAGAGAUUCAUUUAAAACCAAAAGUGAAGUAAUUAAAGAAGACGAAGUUAAAAAAGUUAUCUCAAUGCUGCGUCAACAGAGUAUGGAUCCCCGUUUAGAGAAAGUGGAUAAUUCUGUGACGCCAACGCCCAAGAGAACAUCGACUGUAUUUGGUAGAGUAUCGAAAUUCCGACAUUUAAAGGGUACACCUGGUCACAAAUCUACGCAUAUUGAAAAUAUAAGGAAUAUUAGUCGUCAGAUAUCUGGAGAAUGCGAUGGUUUUCACGCCAAUCCUGAUCGUGUUGCGGUGCCACUCAGUGGACCAGGUGGUAAAAUAGCAGUCCUUGAAUUAAAGAAAACCGGAAGAUUACCAGAUGGUGUAAUGCCAGCGUUAGUACAUGGUGCCACUGUAAUGGAUUUCCAAUGGAAUCCAUUCGAUAAUCAGCGAUUAGCUGUCGCAUGUGACGAUGGAAUGAUUCGAUUAUGGGAAAUACCGGAGUCCGGAUUAGCAGAGCCAACAAACGAACCAAAACACAUCAUAAAAGCUCAUACCGAUAAAAUAUAUUUAAUCAAAUUUCAUCCAUUGGCAUCAGAUGUUUUGGCGUCAGCAUCUUACGAUAUGACCGUGAAAAUUUGGGAUUUAACACUUUUAUCGUCUUGCGAAACAGCUGUUGCAAAAAUAACUCUGAUGGGACAUGCAGAUCAGAUUUUCAGUUUAGCGUGGUCACCAUGCGGUCAAUACCUUGCAAGUACAUGCAAAGAUGGAAAAUUACGAAUUUAUAAACCGAGAUCUAGCGAUGUACCAGUUAAAACUGGGAAAGGACCUGUUGGUACCAGAGGUGCACGAGUUGUGUGGGCCUUAAAAGGACAAUUUCUCGUUGUAUUGGGUUUCGACAAAGUUUCAGAAAGACAAAUAUAUGUAUUUAAAACAGACAGUCUUAGUACGUCGUUGACUACAGUCGGAUUAGACGUUUCACCUGCAAUUCUAAUGCCAUAUUACGACGAAGACAGUUCGACACUUUUCUUAACGGGACGCGGUGACUCUACAAUAUACGCUUUUGAAGUAACGGAAGAACCACCAUAUUGCUGUCCACUUAGCCAUCAUCGAUGCAGCAGUUUGCAUCAGGGUUUAUCGUUUCUUCCUAAGAAUAAAUGUGAUGUUGCUAGCGUAGAAUUUGCAUCAGCUUUAAGACUGACGAACAAUACGAUAGAACCUUUGAGUUUUACUGUUCCACGUAUAAAGAGUGAACUUUUCCAAGACGAUUUGUUUCCACCAACGAAAGUUACGUGGAAGCCAACUAUGACUGCCACUGAAUGGUUUAAUGGAGCUAACAAACAAGCUUAUAGAAUAAUAACAGAAAAUCAAGGUCAAGGAGUAGUUACUGCGCCAGUUGCGGCAAAACAACAACCAACAACUCCAUUCUCUGUAUCUGCCCAAUCUUUCAACAGACUGGGAUGGAAUCCUGACGUAAAAGCUAAACAAGAAGAAGAUGAGUGAAGAUUGCGCGACGUUGAUAGAUCAUUCAAAUAAAACGGUAAGAUAAAAUAAAUCUAAAUGUAGCUGUUCGAAGCGUAAUUUAUUUGUAAGUUAAAAAUCACAACGUAAACGGAAGUAUUUCGGCAUUGACAUCGUACAUUGAGAGAUAUUUAUGACUGAAACGAUACUUCCAACAAAAAUUUUAUUCAGAAAGACUACUAAUAUGUGCGAUUUUCUUUAAUUGUGGUAAUAUUUUAACAUUAUAGGUAUAAUUACCUAGAUUCUCGUGCAAAUUUAUUUAAUUUAGAAGAAACUAAGGGCUGGACAUUGAAAUAUUUUCACUUUGUGUUAAAAUUUUCUAUUCUAUAUAAUUCAGUAAAAAAGUCCUUGUAAAAAAAAAAAUUGCGAUUGCAGUCCUUGUUAUAAAUGAUUUCUAUUAAUUGACACUUGAUUCAUUUGAUAUUAAGGAUAACUACAUAGAAUAAUUAUCAGUAAGAGCAGUACUAGAGAUUUAGAUUUACGAAUAUUUACCAAAAUUUGACAAUAGUUUCGAUUACGUGUUUGUAACUUCGAGAUCACUGGUACUAUUCCAAAAUAUGUUUCUAGCGCUGAGUGAAAACGAAUCUACUGAAUAAUUUUGUUCUAUUAUCUAUAAGAUUUGAGAAUGCUUUAAUAUGUCAUUUAUGAAUUAAAGAUAUAGAAGAGGUUUUAGCGUACUAAUUAGAAGUGGGCAUUGCUUGACUAGAUCUUUUAUUUUUAAACAGAAAAUCAAAUUUCACUUGAUUAAAAUAUUCUUUGAAAUAACGUUUUUCUUAAAUAAUUUAUAAAUUAUUAAUAUCGUUCAAUAAGCAAUGUUCAUUUCUAUUGCUAAAUACUCUAGUAUAUAAUGAUCCAUAAAAUAAUUCUUGAAACUGAUAUAUGAUUUAUAUAAUAUAGACCUAUUAGUGCCACAUAUGUUUCUUUAUUUAACAUUAUCAAUGAUAGUCUGAGUGUAUACAUUACUGUAAUGUAAUUAUCAUACGUGUGAUAUUAGCGAACUUUUUCAUGAAUCAAGAAUAGAAAUUUUUACAAUGCAUUCUAAUAGACACACGCACAUAUUAUGUGAGAUAAAUGAUAGAAAAUUACACAUAUUAAGUUACAAACAAUUAUGUUAUACAGCGAAGUAUAAACACGGUAACUGAUUGUAAGCUCAGUGUUUCCCUGAAUCUUAAGCAAUAACUCAAUGGCCAUGUCGAAUAUAAUAAACCAUUUUUUAUACUCUUUCAAUUGCGCCAAAGUAUUUGUAAACACAAAAGGCUCGAAAAUCCACUAAAAUGUAUCAUAACUCGAAAUCGUUCUUUCAAUUCAUUGUGCAUCUAUGAUUAGAAUAUUGAAGCGUGAAUUCCAUAUUUAUUGAUGGUCAGAAAAUGAAAAUCCCUUUAGAUUACAAGUAGCGUAAAAAUGCCUAUUUUGUCUAUACGAUAUACACUGAAUUUGUACUUUCUAAUAGUCUAAUAUAAAAAUUAAGAACGAUAGAAUGAUUUAUUAUUCCUAUAAAGUGCAUUUGUUUACAAUUUUAUACGAAAAUAUUUUAUUACAUUUAGAUAGACAGUUUUUUAACUACAAGUAACCAUAGUUUCUUGUAACUAAGAACGUAAUGGUGUUCCUAUUUGUAUGAUUGAAAAGCAAUUUUGUAUAAACGAGGAACCCUCUAGUUUAGUGUAUCGAUUUUUAAAUAUGCCUACAAUCAAACAUGGAAUUUAUGCUUCUAUGCGAGAACCACGCACAUUUUAUACUUUUAUAUUUCAAUGUCAGUAAGUUAAUAGAAAACGUGUAAAAGAAAUUAAAGUGAUGGUGCUAUGCCGUUUCGACAAACUCUAGCUUGUAGUCGCCAGAAAUACGAUGAUGAAAGUACGACAAAUUAUACAAUUUGUUUUCCGAUGAAAAACACAAUCAUUGCUCAGUUUGCUCAAUAACAUUCCAACCUGUAUUUUAUCAUAAAAAAAGAGGCACAAAAUCAUCAACUACAAAAAAUUAAAAAGGUGCCAAAAGUUUCAACAACAAUUGAGAAAAGAAAAAGUUUAUAUGAAUUAAGUUGAAUUAAAACACGAUGAAUUGAACGUUAUAAAGCAUUUAAGAAAGUUGCAUAUAUUUUUCUCUAGAUUUCUCAUGCAUCUUUUUAUACCAUUUCUAUCAAGGAACGGAACUUUUAUAAACAUCAAAAGUAAAAAGAAAAAAAUGUAGAACAAAAAGGAACAAAAUAAUACUUCGCUAUGAAAAAUUGCCAUUUGCAUCGUCCACGUCGUAAUUCACAUUUGUAUGUCUAAAUAAUUAUCCGUCAGAUAUUCUAGAACUGAGAAACGUCAUUGUUGCAUAUUUUAUUAGCCUUAUUUUUUCAUGCUAUUGUAUUUUGUAGUAGGUUUAUAUUACGGAUAUAAACAGAUCAAAAGCCAUAUACACACACCACACAUACACACACACAUAUAUAUAAAGUAUCAUUUAAAAAUGUAUCUAAAAAAAUUACAAGUUGCAUAACAAAUCUUUUUGACUUCUGUUUUAAAAUUUUUUUCCAUUACACCUUAAAGCGAAACUAUAGAUUAUAAUAAGAGGUAAAUGGAAAAAAUAAUCACAAAACAGAUAAAAAUUGUUUCUUACUCUAUAAUGCUUCUCAAGAAUGCUAUUCCACUGUGCAACUCUUUUAUAUUGUGAAUUUUCCCUGCAUUAAACAGUAGAUUUAUAAUCACUCUCAAUAAUUAAUGCGAUCUUUCGUAAGCCGCGAUUUGAAGAUAUUGUUUCAAAAAAAUUAUUUCGAUUGCAACAAGAAGUUUCUUAGUAUUCAAUAUUGCGCUAUGACUGAUCGCUAGGUAAUUCUAUCAUGUAGUGACAUACCUUUGUAUCGACCUUAUACCUCUUACAUGUAUUUCACUUAUAAAAUCUUUUUAUCAAAAAUGUGUAUUUGGUGUAUUUUUAUCCUCAUAUUAUUUGUACUUUAAUUACACUAAAGAAAAAAAAAGAACGAAAACAAUUCAGUUGAAUACUAUCAUUUAUAAAACUUUAGGAAUGUUUUUAUUUAAAUUUAUAUAAACAACAAAUUUUAUGUUAGAUCGUAGCUCUUUUUGUACACUUAUUAAUAAAAAGUGUAAUAAAGAAAGAUGAUUUAUAUAUAGAUGAUAAUUUUAAAAAACAAAAAAAAAAUUCUUGUGUAAAUCAUCUAGCGUAUCCAACUCUAUCUCUAGGAAUUAAUCUGAGUUCGGAUCCAUGUUUAAGAAAAACGUUCCCUGCUGUUUGUUGUGGAUUAAUACCUAUUCCAUCAUCUGUGAUUAUGGCAGAUGUUGCUGGAGAUACUUUAAAUUCUUCAGCAGCAAAUUUCAAUACAGCAGUGAAAGGUGUAUUAUCUGGCACACUAAGUUAGUCUGAUAUUAUUUUACUAAAAAAAUGGAACUUUUAUGUAUACGACUCAGACUUUGAGAGACCUUAACCUCAAAUAUUCACUUUAUUUCCUUCCAAGAACAUAUGACAAGCACGCAUGCGUACAGAUAUAGUACGUAGUACGUAUAUAUACGAACACAGAUACGUAGUAUAUAUAUUCAAAUUGAAAUACCAAAGACUUUAGUAUUAUAUAUGGUUUUUCUUUCUGUUUUUGAACAAAGAAGAAUCAAUAUAAUUUCAAAAAAAAA